AUGUUAAAAAUAGAGGAAUAAAACUAUUCAAGACAACUAAUAAAACAAGACAAAGAACUCUCAUAAUUUAUAAAGUACCUCGAGAUGCAAAAUGAUGUAGCUGAAAAAAACAAAGAGAAAGAAUUUAGAAUGAAACAGAAAGAAUCACUCAUACUUGGAUAAAGGUAGGAAAAGAAACAAGAGCGUGACUUCCAAGCUAGAUUAAAGUAAUUAGAAUUGUCGACAAUCAGAGAAAAAUAUGAUGAAUCAUAAAUGAUGAAGAAUCAAAGUCUUGAACAAAAAUUGAAGAAUUAAGAAUCCAUACAUAAUUAAAUAUUACAAGCGGCUAAACUUAAUAGAGAAGAUAAAGCUAACAUAAGAAAUCUGCACUUAAGAGACUCUGUAGAUCAAGCAAUUGCAAAGGCCAAUUAAAUUCAGUAAGACAAGGUAGAUCACUUUAACUAUUAAUAAAUACGUAAAGACUAAUAUUUAUCGUAAAUAAAAAGUGAAAAGAAUUUAAAACAAUUAGAAAAAUCAAUGAAUUUUUAGAUUAAGCAAGAGCUAAAUGAUUCCAAUUAUAAAAAAGCCUAAGAUCUAUUAAAUGAAAGAAUUUAUAAGACUUUGAAUAAAUUGGACUAAAAGGAUUCCUUGUCAUAACAAAUCCAAAUAGAAAAUUAAAGAAAAUUAAAUAAUAAAUUAUUUUCUCAAAAAGCUUCUUUAGAAAAUGGAUUAACUAAUGCUGAUUAUGCAAAGGGAAGAUUUGAAUAAAAUUUGAAUAUGAAGAAAUCGAUGACAGAAUAUAAAAUGAACAAAUUAGAUUAAAUGAUGAGGGAGAAGCAGUUGCUGUAGUAGUAAGAAAGAGAAACAAGAGUUAUGGUGGAAAAAAAGAAGUAUUAAUUGAAAGAAGAAUUUGAGAGAAAAAUGAACUUGCUUUAAAAAUAAAAGUAUUGA